GGGGAAUCGAGAAGUCGUGUCUAUGCAAGCAUAGUGCGCGAUGUGCUCGACCUGACGAAUUUCCAACGAAGACAAUCGACAACCGGGGAUCGAUAAUCAAACAACGAAAAUGGAUUGGGAGAACCGAACAGUGUCGCUGCUACUUUGCUUAAGCAUUCUGCUUGCGACGAUUCACAACGGUAACGCCGAACGCAAGAUCGUAUGCUAUUAUACAAACUGGUCGAUCUAUCGACCAGGCACUGCCAAGUUCUCACCGCAAAACAUCAAUCCGUAUUUAUGCACCCAUCUAAUCUACGCUUUCGGUGGUUUCACCAAGGACAAUGCCUUGAAGCCUUUCGACAAAUACCAAGACAUCGAGAAAGGUGGAUACGCCAAGUUCACUGGCUUAAAAACAUACAACAAGAACUUGAAAACCCUGUUGGCUAUCGGAGGUUGGAACGAAGGUUCCAGUAGGUUUUCUCCGAUGGUUGCCGACCCUGACAGAAGACGAGAAUUCGUCAAGAACGCCAUAAAGUUCCUUCGAAAGAAUCACUUUGACGGUCUCGAUCUCGACUGGGAAUAUCCAGCUUUCAGGGACGGUGGAAAGCCUCGGGACAAAGACAACUAUGCCAGUUUGGUGCAGGAACUGAGAGAGGAGUUUGAGAGGGAGUCUUCAAAGACCGGAAGACCGAGACUUUUACUAACGUUGGCGAUGCCAGCUGGUAUCGAGUACAUCGACAAAGGCUACGAUAUUCCUAGAUUAAACGAAUACUUGGAUUUCAUCAAUCUUUUAUCGUAUGACUACCAUUCGUCUUACGAACCAGCCGUCGAUCAUCACUCUCCUCUGUAUCCUCUGGAAGAGGACAACGAAUACAAUUACGACACCGAGUUAACGAUCGAUUACACUGUGAACUAUCUGCUGAAAAAGGGUGCCUCUCCGGGCAAGAUAAUCCUAGGAAUUCCAACGUACGGCCGAUCCUACACGCUUUUCAACGAGGAUGCCACUGAUCUGGGUUCACCGGCCGAUGGUCCAGGAGUCGAAGGCGACGCGACCCGCGAGAAAGGCUACCUCGCUUACUACGAAAUUUGCGAGAGCCUAGCGCAAUCGGACGAGUGGCAGGUGGUUCAACCAAAUGCAAAAGCUAUGGGUCCUUAUGCGUACAAGGGAGACCAAUGGGUAGGUUACGACGACGAAGAUAUAGUCAAGUUAAAAGCCAAAUACGCGAACGAGAAGAACUUGGGGGGAAUUAUGUUUUGGACGAUCGACAACGACGAUUUCCGGGGCAAAUGUCACGAUCGUCCGUAUCCUCUGAUCGAAGCGGCUAAAGAGAUGCUCUUGACGGACAACUCGAAUACCGUUCAGAAGUCAAAGACAGUGGACAAUCGUAAGAAACCCAGAGCCCAAGGUGUUCAGAGCAAUACCGUAAGAAGAAAAGGUGGUAGACGAAGCACCACGACUGCAGCGCCUGCCCCGAAGAUCCGAGCGUCCUCCUCGAGACCAAAGUAUCGGACGUUUUCGCGUCCUAAAACCAGCGAAGAGGAAGAGGAGGAUCAACGAGUCGACAGACGAUCGUACGACUCAUCCUCCGACGAAGAGGAUAGCUCCGAGAGAGGAAACACGGUUAAGACUGCGAACAAAAACGAAAGACCGAGCAACAAGAAUAAAAGGAGAUCGUCGAAAGAUCGAUCGAGUUCCAAUCGGAAUCGUAGAAAGCAAGCUCGCCGCAAAGAAGAAACCAACAGCAACUCGAACGAAAGAUCGUUGAGUAAUAAACUGACUACUCCGGAACCGCCAACGACACCCGAUCCCGGGACAGAUUUCAAGUGCGAAGACGAAGGAUUCUUCCCGCAUCCCCGAGAUUGCAAGAAAUAUUUCUGGUGUUUGGAGAGCGGCCCAGGAGGUCUUGGCGUAGUAGCGCACCAGUUUACGUGUCCUUCUGGUUUGGUGUUUAACAAGGCAGCCGAUUCCUGCGAUUAUCCGCGCAACGUUGUAUGUCCCAAAUCGAAAACGUCUCAGUCGUCCGCGUCGACGACCAGAGCACCGAUAACCGCUGCCACCAGCCGUACCACUUAUCUCUAUAGCACUACGCGUCGACCAUCCCCCGAAAAACCAGACACGGAGGAAGAGUACGAGUACUACGACGAGGACGACGACGAAGUCGAAGAGGAGGAUGAAGAAGAGGGAGAGGAAGAAGAGCCUAAAACGACUACCACUCCGAAAGCGCUUUUGUAUAAAACGAUUACCAGAAACAAGCCUAGUACGACUACGACUACGAGUACGACAGAAGCGCCUACGACCACCUCGAAGGUUGGGAAAAAUGAGCCUGAGAUUACCAAUAUUGAGGACGAAGAGGAUCCUAGGGUUAUCAAAGAGCUAAUAAUGCUGAUCAAGAAAGCAGGUGGUAUAGAGCAACUAGAAAAGCAGCUGUUACUUCAAGACAAGAAUGCUGACAACAGUGCGAAUUCUGGCAGCGUAAACGCUACUCCUGCUACGAUAAGUCGCACUUUGUACGAACGUGUACUGAAUCGACAAGCUGGUAAAGUUACAAAUAAGCAACGUACUUCUACGAAUACAAAUUACGCGAAUGGGCCAGGAAGUGCGCAGUUCGAGGGAUUGGACGAGGUUCCGGAAGUGAAGAGUUUGAGGCGCUCGCAAAAACCGCAAUACGUGACCAUCGAGAGACCAAAGCCGUCUACGAAGGAACCGCCGAUCGAAGACGAGCAACUCGACGAAGAAGAAGAUCUCGAUGAAGAUAACACGGAUGUAGCUUCAUCCGAGGAACAGACUAUUAGCAAUCCUUUCUUAGCUAGCUCGACGCAGAGAGCGACGCCUAAUUAUAUCAACAUCAGACGCGCUCGACCUUCCACCUCAAGAUACGAGAACGACGUUGAGGAGAAAAAUAAGAACACGGAAGAAGAGGCGCCUAUUCCCAGCCGACGCCGGCGUCCCAGCGUGUUUCCCAAAAAUACCGAGACGAGUUCUUCCGAAAAUACCAGAGAUCAGGAAUCUCGUUCAUCCGCAAACGAAGAAAGUCCACAGACAACUAAAUCCAGGUAUGUUAGCGUUCAAAGAUUCAGAAGCACGACUUCACAUUCUACGGAGGUUGUUUCGCAAGUGGCAUCCACUAGCCAAGAACCAAUUACGGAAUCGGUCUCGAGCGAAGCGACCGAAAUCGAUCAAAAGGUGGAUACCACCACCGCGACGAGUCCAGUGAUCAACAUUUUACCUUCGAUUGGCUUAUCUUCGACACCGAACGAUAUCCUCGUCGAGUCGGAAACGGAAAAACCGAUUCCGACAACGACUCCAGAGGCUAGCUCGACUACCACCGAAUCUGUGAAACUCGUCGAGGAUUCGGCUACGGAAAUCCUCCUAACUACGGCACCAGCGAACUUGUCUACGUUGUCGGUUCCAAAUACAAGGAUCAACACCGCAUCGGUAUCUCAGCCAAGGCCUUUUAGCUUUAACCGAAGAAAUAGACCUACGACCGAGCCUACCACCACUCCGUUGCCACCGUCCAACGAUCAGACGAGGUCCAAGGUGAGUAUAUCGUCGCGAAACCAAACGCGCUCGUCCUUUUUGGUAGGACGAGAUCGAUUAAGACCGAGGCAGGAGAACGCCGGUCGAAACGAGCCGACUACUGAGAACGAGCAAAUCGAAUCUUCUCGCGGCGGCGUUGUCAAAGAGACAGCGCACACUCGUGGAAGGUCGAAAAGCAGAGGAGUGAGUAGAUACACGCCGCCGACCUUCAGAGUUAGAAACGAAGAUUCGUCCAACUCCGUAGUUAGAGAACGCAUUCGAACUACGGAACCUCCUGUUAGCACGGCCAUUGUCACGGAUGCUUCGAGAACGCGGUUCCGCCGGCCAAUUGCUAAAACCACCACCGAAUCCACCAAAGCUAACGAACUCGAGGACAGUCCUAUCGUUAGGAUCGCCCAAGGUUAUCCCAGAAGGAGCUUAUCUUCGAGAUCGAAAAACACGGUUAAAGACGAGAUAGAUAACGAUAAAAUCACCAACAUCAAGGUAUUCAAAAAGCCGACUGCAUUGAACAGAGACGUGUACGCCAGGACAAGAUAUACGAGGAAAAGAAACAACGUAGAAAUUGGUGAGUUCAAAAAGGAGACGGAAGAAAAAACAAGCGAAGCCGCGCCAGAUUUCUUCUAUUCUUCGACAUCUACUACAACAACGGACUCGAUCGUCGAUCGUUCUUUGAACGACACCACCAUACCCAUAAUUAUAACUACGACCGAACGACCGAUCGUGAAUUCCAUAGACGAAACCGAUAAAGUUUUAUCUCCAACGACGAUAUCACCGGAAACGCAAGAAACUACGAUUACUGGUUUAGAUACCGAGACGAACACCGUCGAAGCUGUUCGUACCACGGAAUUGACAAUAGAGAACGAAGUGAACACGGAGACGGACGAUCGAGUCGAUGCUAGCGAAGGGCUCGAUCAAGUCCUUACAACGACCGAUAGCGCUAUCAAAUUGCAAGAUUUUGAACCAAACGUGAUCAUCGUCCUUCCUGCGAACAAUACCGAAACGGUUAAUGAAGAGAAUAUAAACUUGGCUGUUCCGAGGCGCAGAAAAGUUUUGCUAAGAAGACGGCCCGUUACAUCGAGCACAACAGCUACAUCGCAAGCAGAACAAGAAGAAAAUAAAUUAAUUCCCCGUAGGAGGAAAGUGAUCAAGCGUGUUCGGCCGGUUCAAAGCACGGUAUCCACGGUAGAUGCUGAUUCUUCCACGGAAAAGGAUCAAAUUUUGCUUAGAUUUCGAUCUACGACUCCUAGAGAAGAUGCGACGAGUACGAUCGUUGCUGAAACGUCGGACGUUUCGACGGAAAAUUUCGGUUUGUCAACGACCGAAACUGUGACGGCAGAAACGAUCGACUUGGAUAUAACCGAUGGUUUCACAGGAGUCACUUUGGAAACGUCGACUGCAGAAACUGCGAUCAGUGACACUGGUUUCUCCGAAUCCGAUGUCGUUACGAUGGCCUCGACGAUAAUCGAUAAUGUUACCGCCGUUGUGGUCGAUUCCACGACAAGCAAGGAGGAGUGGACAGUGGAAACCGGUGCAACGGAAUCAACCACGUCAUCGAAUUUCUUAAUUAAUUUCACCGACGCGAAUGAUAUUUCGGAUGAAACGUUACCAUCGAGGAACGAACUCGACGCCCUGCCAACCACUAUUUCGCAGCUCACUACACCUUCCGCGGCUUUCCAAUCCAACCGUAGGUUAGAGACAUACAAUAGAACGUACUAUUUAGACUCCAGAUACGUGAGAAAGAAAUUUGUACGCAGGCGGCCAGUUGCUUCUUCUUCUUCUUCUUCGGAAAAUGUCACCAACGACUGGUAUCCAAAUAUAGAAACUUCGUCCCACGUGCCUUUAACUAGCGAGAGAAACGAAGUGGGUCUGUCGAAACGUAGAAAGAGCCUGUUCGUUCGUCGUAGACCGGUCUCCUCUACAACCGCGAGAACAACGGGAUUUAUCGAAGAAGAUUUCAUAGAUGAGAAUAAAUUCGGGGACGAGAAGGAAUUGCAGUUGGAAGUGCGACGUAAUGUCGAAAACGCUACUCCAAGAAUCAAUCGAGCCUACGAUGAAACCUUCUACCCUAUUACUCCAUCCGCCGCAAGAGAAUCGGAAGAAUUCUGGAACCGCUACACUACUCCAUCGACCAGUGAAAGACGUUCUCCGUUUCCGGUAACUGUACAAAGCGAAACGACACUCGAUAAAAGCUCCGCAAACGUCGACGAAUCCUCAGAAAACGAAGAAAGCCAUCGAUCGGUAUCUUUUAAUAAUCGUUCACCAGAGAUUCGCCCUCGUUAUAGAGUCCCAGAAUCGCUGAAGAAAACGGCGAGCGUGGAGGGUCUUUAUUCUCUCGAUUCGUUACCAGAGGAAUCCGGAGAAUCGAACAAUCACAAGUCUAGAUAUCAGAACUUUCGUCAACCGAGGACGCGUUACAAAUAUCGAGAGAUAACGAGGAAUCAGCGAGAAGAGAACGAAGAAUCGCUUGCAGAUGCUACGCAUUCGCCCAGCUUCGACUCCUCGACGCAGGUGAGAACGCGUUUCUACGCGAGACGUCCAGUUCCCAGCACAGAACCACCGGUCACGGAGACUCUGAUUCCAGCGAAGAAAUUCGACUACGUGGCGGAUGCUUAUAGAAGGCAACAAUCUUUACGAACGACACCGCGUAAUCAGAACGAAGAGGCAGAUUCGACUACUUGGACGAGUUUGAACGAGGAACGAGCGGAGGUUCAGAACUUCGUAGAUGGAGAUUACGUGACUACGCCUUCUUCGCAACCGCUGGUGACACGAUUGGUUACAUCCGUCGAGGAAUCGGCCACCACGGAAAGACAAAAGAUUCUGAUAAAAACGAAAUACUCUUCGUUAACGUCGAACACGAAGAUUCCCCUUCAGAUUACGAUCGCUCGAUUGGAACAUCCUGCUACUACAGCCUCCCCGAUCUCCGAUACGCUGGAAAGAUCUACGGAUUCCCUGGAUGAAUCGGAAGGGAACGAGGACGAAUCGGUGAAUGAGAUUCGCCAGGGCCAAGUCGAAAGAUCCACGUUGCCCAUAGAGGGUGAAUUUCUUCAUCAGGCACGGUUCACCACGGAAUCUCAUGAAUCGUCCACGAUCGAGAUCGAAUCGGUGUUCAACAAUUUGAUCGGCAGUAGGGACUCUACCAAGUAAUAAAACGCGUCUUCU